AUGGACACGGAUACUUUGAACAUGGCUUCCAGACCCUCUCUCAGUGAGGAGGACUUCUCCUGCCCUGUGUGCUGUGACAUCUUCAGAGACCCCAUUCUCCUAGCAUGCUCCCACACUAUCUGUAACAGCUGCCUGCGUACCUUCUGGGAUCAGCGGGAUGCUCUGGAGUGCCCCAUCUGCAGGAGCGUAUCCCCCAAUGCCAACCCCCCCUUGAAUAUCGUGCUGCGGAGCAUGUGCGAGGCUGUGCUGAGGGAACGUAGCCGCAGGAUGUCCGUGGAGAUGGGGGGACUAUGCAGCUUGCACAACGAAGCGCUCUCGCUCUUCUGCGUCAAAGACCAGAGGCCUGUGUGUGACAAGUGCAAGGACACCCGACCACACACCACACACUCUUUCUGUUCCAUUCAGGAUGCCGCACAAGAUCUGAAGAAUGAGCUCCAGAUGAAACUGAAACCCUUACAUGAGAAGCUUAGGCUGUAUGAAAACUUCAAGCAGUCCUGUGUUGACACUGAACAGCAUAUUAAGAAGCAGGCCAAACGUGCAGAGGCUCAAAUUAAGAGGGAGUUUGAGAAGCUCCACCACUUCCUCUGGGAUGAAGAGGCAACCAGGAUAGCUGCACUGAGGGCUGAAGAGAUGCAGAGAAGUCAGACAGUGAAGAAGAAGGUGGAGAAGAUUACGACACAGAUAUCCUCACUCUUGGACAUCAUCAAGGCCAUUGAAGAGGAGACAGCAGGAGAAAACUUGCAUUUUCUGUUGAACUACAAGACUUCAGUAGAAAGAACCCAGGCCAAAUUGUACAAACCAGAGAAGCUCUCUAGUGUACUGAUCGAUGUGGCAAAGCACCUUGGCAACCUGAGCUUUCAUGUGUCAGAGAAGAUGCAUGAUAUUAUACACUACACCCCUGUGGUUCUAGACCCCAACACUGCCCAUGCAGACCUCAUAGUGUCUGAUGAUCUGAUGACUGUGGUCUGCAGUGGUGAGCGUCAGUUGCUUCCUGCUAACUCUGAGAGGAUUGAAAGCUAUGCUUCUGUCCUGGGCUCUGAGGGCUUUAACUCAGGGACUCACUGGUGGGAAGUUGAGGUUGGAGACAACACAGCUUGGGCAGUGGGCGCGAGUUCAGCUGGAUUACGAUAAGGGCAGGAGUCUUUGAGCCGACUGUACAGGGAAUACGCUGGGUUUUCAAAACAUGGCAAACUGAUCGCACCGUUAGUAAUCUUGAGGUUAGAGACGACACAGCUUGGGCCGUGGGCGCGAGUUCAGCUGGACUGCGAUAAGUGCAGGGUCACCUCUGUGGACUCAGGGUGUAAUACUUGCCUGCACAUUUUCAAACAUGCUUUCACUGAAAAAGUAUUCCCUUACUUUUACAGCCACUGUAAACUUCAUCCUCUUAGGAUAAUACCAGGAAAGUCCUUAGUGACAGUUCACAUGCACAGUUAG